UAGCGCUCGUCGCACUGAAUGAUGUCAAUGCUCAGUUUUUUGGUUUUUCCUUCAAAAUUGUUAACGUGAUAAAGAAUGUUGCCAACUUUCUAAGUAUUUAAUUGGUUGUUAUUGCAGGUCGGUCAAGUAGUAACCCUUGACCCGGGAUCUCAGGAUGUCUUUGUAAGGGUCACAAAGGAUCGCUAGCGCAGAACGUAAGGGUCAAACGGGUCGUGAGUUCGUCUGAUAUAAAUACCUUUUCAUUCUCCCAAAGAGACGAAACGAGGUGAAAGCAACAUGGUGAUUUUGCUCUUUUGUCUGGCUUUUGCUUCCAUCGCCUUCUCGACGGGACGUGCGCAGUCGGCGAAGCCUCUUGUGUGCAACGGCAUGGCAGAGCUAUGCGAUCUAAGACUUGACCAAGUGACCCUUCCCGGCACUCAUAACUCCGGAUCAGGGUUUAACGGGCAUUUAUACCACUGGGGCGGGGGACUCGCGGGGUCGCAUUUUUUUCGAAAUCAACAGUGGAAUUUCACCCACCAACUUGACUACGGAAUCAGGUACUUUGACAUUGACACAUGUUAUGUCGGGAAGGGAAACGGUGAUUGGUGGAAAGAGGGGGCGUGGACAUGUCAUAUGGGCCCGGCAGGGGCAGCGUUUGCCGGCCCCGUGAGACAGCUGCUGAACCAGAUACGCAACUGGAUGGAGAAGCCCGAGCAUCGAAACGAGGUCAUCGUCAUCAAAUUUGGCAGGGAUGUAGAGGAAUCUAAGAACAGAAAAAAUAUUUAUGAAGACAUUUUGAAAACGCUGAAAGAUUUCAACUGGAAGCCAACACAGGCCACUCUACACAAAAAAUCGCUCACCACAAACGCAGAGUUCGGGAAGAAUUAUAAAUGGCCAACGCUUAGAUCGGCUAUAGAGUCUAAUCAACGAGUGUUUGUCUUCAUGAGCGAAAAGCUCCUUGAACACGAGGAUCCCGCGGAGUUUCAUAACAAUCGCUGGAUUGUUGUUGCUGAGGCACAAGUGAAGAUAACGUGGCCAGAAAUUCUAGUGUGGGGAAAAGACUGCAGUGAGGUUGUCCCCAAUACGGAGAAGAACUGCGAAAAGUUCAAGAACAGUGGACUGUUAGAAUUGGACGUGUUUGGGUCAUCUAUGUUGUUCUCGACUUGGGAAAUGCAAUCGAGUUGCGAUACAUACAUGCAGGAAGCGAUGGAUAAGUGUUUUGCGAAACGGAAGCCUUUUCACCGGACAGUUAAUGCUGUAAUUGCGGACUGGGUAAAUAGAUCCAAGGCACCGAACUCUGUUCUUGCCGUGGCUCACAAACAAAACCUGAAGAACAUUGCCAUGUUUAGAAACAACGGGAGAAAGUGAAAAAAGCCUCACAGCACUGCUCUGAAGCAAACGGGAGAACAUCAAGGACCUUCAUUUAUCUGUUAAAAGCGCACGAAAUGAUAAAUAAUAUACCCUACCUAAAGGCGGAGCCAGCGUAUUACCAA